AUGGGCGUAAGAUGGAUACCGUAUCGCCGCAAGGAGGAACUCCAACUCCUCUUAGCCGAGUUCGGGUUACCCCAAGGGGGAACCGUCGAAGAACUGCGCAGUCGGCUAGCGACUUUUCUCACCCGGGAGGAUCUAGAGCCGGAACUCUUGGACCGAGUCAGAGAAUUGGCUAGUAUGUUCCCAGAGGCAGCCACACCCAGGGAUAAAUCCCCGACCCCUCUGGGAGGACAAGAACCCCGGGAACAGAAGCUAAGCACAGCAGUCAUCGACACCGGGAGCACCCCCCUAAGACUAGAAGUACCACCAGGCAACCGACCAACAAGGAACACAAACGCGGACCCACCUGCACGCGAGGAAAUAUCCUCCGCCACCUUGGCAGAAAAACUGCGGAGCUGGGGCAUCUUAUUCGACGGACAGUCCGACCCGCUCACAUUUAUCGAACGCCUGGAAGUACAAGCCGAAGCAUACCGACUCAGGACCGCACGACUCCCCAGAGUAAUCUCCGGAUUGCUUACAGGAAAAGCGGAAAGUUGGUACCGCACAUUCCAAAUGCAGGACGUGUCGUGGGAAGUUUUCAGGAAAGAAUUUCUUGAAUUCUUCCUCCCACCACAAUACUUCCAACGAUUGGAAGACACGAUCCGGACGAGAUACCAGCAACCGGGCGAGAGCUGCAAGGAAUUUGUAGUGGAGCUCCGACUCCUGAUGCAGCGGGCAAAAUUUACUCCGGCGCAGGAACUGGAGCGACUCUACCAAAACCUUCGACCGGAAUACCAGCUAUUUGUGAGGCGCCAAGACUUUGAGGAUCUGGCCACUCUGAUCCAACGGGCCACGGCCUAUGAGACCGCGAUCGAGCACUGCAUACAAACUUUCUAG